UUGUGGGAAUUUUGGGGGAUUUUGGGGGAAUUCGGGUGUAGGAGCGGGGUUCUGACCUCUCCCUUCCCCCCGCAGCCCCUCAUGAGGUCCCCAAAUCUCCUGAGACCCCUCAGGACGCGGCCAUGGAGGAGUCCGAGGCUGUCGAGUUUUUCCCGUACGAGCUGAGUCGCCUCCCCAGCCAGGUUUGGGGGGCUCGGGAGGAAUUCGCGCGGCGCCCCGAAAAUUUCCUGCGAGGAUGCAAAUGGGCCCCCGAUGGCUCCUGUGUCCUGACCUGCAGCAACGACAACGUCCUGAGGAUCUUCGACCUCCCCCUCCCCCUGGGACCCCCCCCGGGGCUGCCCCUGCCCGAGCUGGCCCCGGCCGUGCAGGUGGCCGAAGGUGACACCAUCUACGACUUCACCUGGUACCCCCUGAUGAACUCCAGCCAGCCCGCCACCUGCCUGGUGGCCUCCAGCAGCCGUGACAACCCCGUGCACCUUUGGGACGCCUUCGAUGGGACCCUGCGGGGAUCGUUCCGCGCCCACAACCACCUGGACGAACCGGUGGCCCCCCACUCUCUGGCGUUCGCCCCCGAUGGCUCCCGGCUCCUGGGGGGAUUCGACGGCGCCGUGCGAGAAUUCCCGACCCGAGCGGCCCGGGGAAGAGCGGCCUGGAGAGAAGGGCGGGGCAAGGGUCAGCGAGGCCUGAUUGGCUGCCUGGCCUUCAGCCCCAGCCAAUCACUGUUCGCCUGUGGCUCCUAUGGGCGGGAGCCUGGGGCUGUACCCGGUGGGAGGGGGGCGGGGCCGUGGCGUUCUGGCCCCGCCUCCCAGCUGCGCCCACUCACCUGCGCUUCAGCCCCUGCGGGACUCACCUGUACGUGGGGGGGAGGAAGGUGGGUGUGGUUUGUGGGCGUGGCCUCGGUGAGGGUGUGGCACACUAAACUGGGCGUGGGUUUCGAUGGGUGUCUCCCAUUGAGAUGGGUGUGGCUUUGUGGGCGUGGCUUAUGGCCUGAUGGGCGUGUCCCUGGCUCCCCCUCCCCCCAGGACCGCCACAUCCUGUGCUGGGACCUUCGUGUCCCCGAUCGUCCCCUCCUGGCGCUGCCGCGGCGCGUGGCCACCAAUCAGCGCGUGACCUUUGACCUCGACCCGUCAGGGCAGUUUUUGGUCAGCGGUGACACCGAUGGUUUUGUCACCGUUUGGGACACUCUGACCCCCCCUGGAACUGGGGACCCCCCUGAGCUGCCCCCCCUUUUUCGCUUCCGUGCCCUCCGUGACUGCAUCAACGGCACCAGCCUGCACCCCUGGCUGCCUCUCCUGGCCACGGCCUCGGGCCAGCGCCUGUUCCCGGCGCCGUGGGACAGUGACAGCGAGCACGAGGGGACAGAGGACGGGCCACCCCCAGGAGGGGACAUCCGGCUGCAGCUCUGGUGGUGGGGACCCCAAUCCAGCGAGGACACGGGGACUGGGGAUUGUCACCUCCCCGGGGACACUGGGAAUGAUGAGUGUCACCUCCCCGGGGACACUGGGACUGGGGAUUGUCACCUCCCCGGGGACACUGGGAAUGAUGAGUGUCACCUCCCCGGGGACACUGGGACUGGGGAUUGUCACCUCCCCUGA